AUGCUGAUCCAUGUAUUAAAAUGGUUGCAGGAAAGGCCUGCAUUUCUCUCAGAGAGGCUUCUGUAAAUUUUCUGCCUUGGGUGAAUUUUUGUGUUAUAAAUAUAGACAGUGAUGCUCAUGCCCAUGAAUGAGCUCGCAAGCUUCCGACUCCACUUUGGAGCCAUUGGAUUAUUGGGGCCGGACAGUUUGGAUGUAGCAGUUUUGCUGUCUCUGGCUAGCUUGAGAAACACCAACAGCAGGACCAUCUCAGAUCUUUGUUAUGGCAACUCAGGCAAGAAGCUGUUGAAUUAGACCCAUUUCCUGUAGAUGAGAAACCAUACAAGCAGUGGUGGGGGGCUGGAUGUUAUUAUUUCCCACAUGCCCAGUUCAGCAGUACAGAACGAAAACUGCCCUGCAUGGUAACAUUUUUGUAUUUAUGAGCCUCCAUUUAUUGUACUACUGCAGUGAACCAACCUUGGAUGUGAAAAUUGCCUUUUGUCAGGUGUGUGUUCCUUACAGGUAAAACAAGGGAUUCGAUAAACAAGUGGAUGUGUCAUAUAUUGCCAAACAUUACAACAUGAGCAAAAGCAAAGUUGACAACCAGUUCUACAGCGUGGAAGUGGGAGACUCAACCUUCACAGUUCUCAAGCGCUACCAGAAUCUAAAGCCUAUUGGCUCUGGGGCUCAGGGAAUAGUUUGUGCUGCGUAUGAUGCUGCUCUUGACAGAAAUGUGGCCAUUAAGAAGCUCAGCAGACCCUUUCAGAACCAAACGCAUGCCAAGAGAGCUUACCGGGAGCUGGUCCUCAUGAAGUGUGUGAACCAUAAAAACAUUAUUAGUUUAUUAAAUGUCUUCACACCCCAGAAAACGCUGGAGGAGUUCCAAGAUGUUUACUUAGUAAUGGAACUGAUGGAUGCCAACUUGUGUCAGGUGAUUCAGAUGGAGUUAGACCACGAGCGAAUGUCUUACCUGCUAUACCAAAUGUUGUGUGGCAUCAAGCACCUUCACUCUGCUGGAAUUAUUCACAGGGACUUGAAACCAAGUAACAUUGUAGUCAAGUCUGAUUGUACAUUGAAAAUCCUAGACUUUGGACUGGCCAGGACAGCAGGCACAAGCUUUAUGAUGACUCCUUAUGUGGUGACACGUUAUUACAGGGCCCCCGAGGUUAUUCUGGGAAUGGGCUACAAGGAGAACGUGGAUAUAUGGUCUGUGGGAUGCAUUAUGGGAGAAAUGGUUCGCCACAAAAUCCUCUUUCCAGGAAGGGACUAUAUUGACCAGUGGAACAAGGUAAUUGAGCAACUAGGAACACCAUGCCCAGAAUUCAUGAAGAAAUUGCAACCCACAGUAAGAAACUAUGUGGAGAAUCGGCCCAAGUAUGCAGGACUCACCUUCCCCAAGCUCUUUCCAGAUUCCCUCUUCCCAGCGGACUCUGAGCACAAUAAACUCAAAGCCAGCCAAGCCAGGGACUUGUUGUCAAAGAUGCUAGUGAUUGACCCAGCAAAAAGGAUAUCAGUGGACGACGCCUUACAGCAUCCGUACAUCAAUGUGUGGUAUGAUCCUGCUGAAGUGGAGGCGCCCCCACCCCAGAUAUACGACAAACAGCUGGAUGAAAGAGAACACACCAUUGAAGAAUGGAAAGAACUUAUUUACAAGGAAGUCAUGAAUUCAGAAGAAAAGACUAAGAAUGGUGUUGUGAAAGGACAGCCUUCUCCUUCAGGUGCAGCAGUGAACACCAGUGAGAGUCUCCCUCCAUCCUCGUCUGUCAACGAUAUCUCCUCCAUGUCCACCGACCAGACCCUGGCAUCUGACACUGACAGCAGCCUGGAAGCCUCGGCAGGACCCCUGGGUUGUUGCAGGUGACUAGCCGCCUGCCUGCGAAACCCAGCGUUCUUCAGGAGAUGAUGUGAUGGAACACACACACGCAGACACUCACGCACACACACAAACACAGACAUGCAAUGACAAGAAAACAGCAAGGGAGAGAAUCCAAGCCUAAAAUUGAAACAAAUCUUUCAGCCUGCUUCUUCUCCAGAGUUCUGUAUUGCAGCUAAGCCAAAUGUAUAUUUAACUUCUAGUUGCUCUUGCUUUGGUCUUCUUCUAACGAUGCUUACUACAGAAAGCAAAUCAAACACAAUUAGAGAAGCCUUUUCCAUAAAGUGUAAUUUUAAUGGCUGCAGAACCAGCGACCUGUAACUGCCCUUUCAAAUGGCAUGACAAGGUGUGCAGUGGUCCCAUCCAGCAUGUGUGUGUCUCUAUCUUGCAUCUACCUGCUCCUUUUGGCCUAGUCAGAUGGAUGUAGAUACAGAUCCGCAUGUGUCUGUAUUCAUACAGCAUACUUACUUAGAGAUGCUACUGUCCGUGUCCUCAGGGCUCUACCAAGACAUCAUGCACUGGGGUACCACAUGGUCCAUUUCAUGUGAUCUAUUACUCUGACAUAAACCCAUCUGUAAUAUAUUGCCAGUAUAUAAGCUAUUUAGUUUGUUAAUUGAUUAAGCUGUAUGUCUUACAAGAAAACAUGUAAAGGGGGGAACAUGGGGGGAGUGAGCUCUCUUGGACCCUUG